AUGGACGAUGAUGGUUUCGACUAUUUGUUUAAAAUUGUCUUAAUCGGGGAUAUGGGCGUGGGGAAAACUUGUGUAGUUCAACGAUUUCGCAAUGGCACAUUUGUCGAAAGACAAGGCACCACGAUCGGCGUCGACUUCACCAUGAAAACUGUGAUUAUUGAUGGAAAACGGGUCAAGCUUCAAAUCUGGGAUACUGGUGGCCAGGAGCGCUUCAGGACGAUCACACAGAGUUAUUACAGAUCAGCGAAUGGAAUAGUGCUUUGUUACGACAUCACGUGCCAACAGUCGUUUGAAAGCCUCCACAGAUGGAUCGACGACGUCUCCAAGUUUGCCGCCCCAAAUGUUGUCAAAGUUUUGAUAGGCACCAAGUGCGAUCUGGAGGAGAAGCGGCUAGUCUACCGCGAGGAUGGGGAGCAUUUACAGCGAUCGCAGGGGAUGGUUUCCUUCAUUGAGACCUCGGCCAAGGGCAACGUUAACGUCGAUUCGGCAUUUAUGGAACUUGCAAAUGUGUUGAAAAAACAGUACGAUGCCACCGCCCAUCUCGACCAAACGCCAACGACUGGCGGCUUCCGCCUCGGUGCUGCCGGCUCGACCCCGAUCCUGUCGCGCUGGGACCAGUGCUGUAAAUGGAAU